CAGUUUACCUAUUACAUCAAAGCAAAGCGUUUCAUGAUCCUUUCGUUUGAAUUCGUCUUCUCUGGUGGAGUCAAGUGCACCUCUGCGUAGUACCCUGCGGGCCUUGCCCGAGAGUGAAAGCCGUCGGUGUCGCUAGUGACCAGUGGAAAAAAAAUCCACUAAGACAGACAGCAUACCUAGCAUUUGUCAAACUGAUAAGACUGAAACCCAGUCAGUGGCUUUCUGGAAGAUAACGACGUGACAAAGUGCCUUUUCUGUAUUCGGUUGCAGCAGCAGUGCUUUCGUGACCUUUUAAAACAAAAGAAACGAUUGUGCGCAGCUUGGUGUGGGCACUGCUGUUUUGAAACCGGAGCAGCUGAGAAGACCAAACCCUGGUGAAUCUGACCUGAAUCGUACGGUGGUGGUGACACGGGGCGUCGGUGGUGCGGCGGCUGGUCUGGCGGUAUUCAAGUUCAAGUUUAGGCGGUACACAGUCAGAGUGGUAAAGUGAUUUCGGGUGGUUGAUUCGUGUGGAGAAAGCUCGUAGAUCAAAGAGCAAAGAAUUUUCAACAAAACUCAACGUGAACGGGUUACAAUAGUGAUUACAUAAUUCGGUUGGCUGUUUUGGUUUCGAAUAAACCUUCAAUAGCAGACGCGUGAUAGAAGGAGGGAAAAGUUCUACGCUGAAGUUCAAUGAUAAAUUCGUACAAUCAAUCAACCAUAAUUUAAGCAAAGUGAAAAAUAACGUUUCCAGAGUCCCGUCACUGUACACCGGGUACGCCGAUGGCCAAUGAAACGCCACAACUAAACGGCCAGGCAACAGAUCAUCACUGCGUUGCCGAAUCAAAUCAUCUUGGUUCCCAAAAUGGAUCCAAACCGGCGGAUCACCCGCGGAAAACGCGAUACCAGAACCGACGGCCGGUAAUGCAAACGACGGCAGCGACGCUCGCGGCGCUGCCACGGUGUGCCUCAUCUUCGUCCUGUUCCAGCUUCGAGGACGACUGGUGCAUCAACCAGUUACUUCCGGUGCCCAGAAAAAUCUUCGUCAACCGCUCUUUACAUCUGGAGAACAUCAAAUUCUAUGGCUUCGACAUGGAUUACACGAUUGCCGAGUACAAAUCGCCUCAGUACGAGCAGCUGGGAUUCGACCUGGUCAAAGAGCGCCUCGUCAAUCUGGGCUACCCGGUGGAAAUACUCCAGUUCGAGUACGAUCCGUCAUUCCCGGUGCGAGGCCUGUGGUUCGAUACCUUGUACGGGAACCUGCUGAAGGUGGACUCGUACGGAAACAUUCUGGUGUGCGUGCAUGGAUUUGAAUUCUUGAAACAUUCCCAGGUGUACGAACUGUACCCGAACAAGUUUCUGCAGCUUGACGAAAGCCGAGUGUACGUGUUGAACACCCUGUUUAAUCUCCCGGAAACCUAUCUGCUAGCGUGUCUGGUGGACUUCUUCACUAACUCACCACAGUAUGCUGAACAGGCAGACAAAACUGGUGUCGAAUACGGUGAACUGUUCAUGUCGUUCCGGUCGAUCUUCCAGGAUGUGCGUGGAGCGGUCGAUUGGGUGCACAUCUAUGGGGACCUGAAGAAGAAGACAUUGGAAAAUCUCGACGAAUACGUCAAAAAGGAUGACCGUCUGCCGAUGGUUCUGUCCAGGUUGCGCGAUUCUGGUGCCAAACUCUUUCUGCUGACCAACAGCGACUAUACCUUCACCAACCGUAUCAUGACCUUCCUGUUCGAUUUUCCCUAUGGAGCCAAACCGGAAGAACCGCACCGUGACUGGAAGACGUACUUUGAAACCAUCGUUGUGGACGCUCGAAAGCCCCUGUUCUUCGGGGAAGGCACUAUCCUGCGCCAGGUAGACACAACCACAGGGGCGCUACGCGUAGGAACCCACAUGGGGCCACUGCAGGCGAAUCAGGUUUACUCGGGUGGUUCGUGCGAUGUCUUCACCAAGCUGAUCGGCGCCAAAGGUAAAGAUGUGCUCUACGUGGGAGACCACAUUUUCGGAGACAUUCUCAAGAGUAAGAAGAUUCGCGGCUGGCGUACCUUCCUGAUCGUGCCGGAGCUGGUGCAGGAGCUGCACGUGUGGACCGACAAGUGUCAACUGUUUGCCGAACUUCAGCAGCUGGACGUGAAGCUUGGCGAUCUAUACAAAAAUCUGGACUCCAGUGCCAAAGAGAAACCGGAUAUUUCCUCGGUGCGGACCGCCAUUCGGGAUGUCACGCACAAAAUGGAUCUGGCCUACGGUAUGAUGGGAUCGCUGUUCCGGUCCGGUUCGCGACAAACGUUCUUCUCCGGACAGGUUGUAAGAUAUGCAGACCUCUACGCGGCGACCAUUCUUAACCUGAUGUACUAUCCCUUCUCGUACAUGUUCCGAGCACCGGCGAUGCUGCUUCCGCACGAAUCAACGGUGGCUCACGAGCAGCGAUUCACCCUCGAAGCUCCAAUGAUUCAACGAACACGGUCUAGAAAUCUCGGAACGCCGAACGCCGAGCAUCCUCCGGAGGAUGUAUCGAAAGAAAUCUGCGCCAUCAUCGAAAAAGACCCUUCCGCUGGCCUGCUAACCGCCACUAGCGGCAACGUUUCCGUGCCACACACCCGGCCGGAAACACCCCGCUCGGUGACGCAUACCCACGAUGAAGAUUACUCCGAUGAGGAUAGCGACGACCAGAAGCGGGAAGCCCGAGCUGCUGCAGCAGCUGCAGCUGCCGGCGCAAAUGCCACUAAUCACAGCUCCGUUGAGGAUCAAAAAUAGACUAAACUUUGGGGAAAUAAUUGUCUUAAGCUUUCGUUUGUGCUGUUCAUCACAAAAAAACAAUCGGUGACCGGUUUGUGUAAUUAUUGUGUAAUCUUUUGACAAAAAAUCUAUUUAUUUUCUGAAAAUAUGGCCUCUCAAGUGUAAGCUUUUAGUAUCUCGAAAAAAUUUAAUCUCUACCAAACCAAACUCAAAAUCAAUUAUAUCAAUUAGAACACGGCACGUUCCGUGCAAACCAGCAGCAAUAAUCAAGUUGUCCAAGUUCCAAAUUUUCCACAUAUCCGUACGUUGUUUAUUAUUCCGAUCUCGGGGAGUAGUCGUGAAUUGCUUUUAUCCACUUGUUAACGUAUUUUACAACCGUACCACGCGUUCCCCCGAGAUCUCCCGUAAAUGCGCCGCCGCGUGUUUGUGUGUGUAUGUGUUCUAGUUAAUUACUGCAGUUCGUGCACGCCUACACCGGGUGAGGCUAAUUCAUUCAGUACCUGCAGACACUAGUUCUAGUAUUUCAUUUUUUUGCCAUACUAAACUUUUCCGACGAUAAAAAACGAUAGCACCCUGUCGCAUAGAAACCGAAUCUUACAGAUCAGAUUAACGUCAAUGAGUGGCGAAACUACAUAGUGGAUUGCAUUUUGCAGAACUGAUCGAAUGCAAUCGUACCGAGCGGCAUUGUAAAACUAUAAAUGAAACGAACGUCAAACAGGGAUUUCCAAUUUCAUAGAAAGAGUAGGUUUACGGAAACAAUAGUUCCCAGAAAAAAAAACAUAGCAACUGCAAGCAUUAUAUAGCAAGGUUUGAAGAGUAGAAUUUACUAGAAUCUACAUCAAUCGCCUACAGCAAUUAUAAAAUUGUGUAGACAUGUUAAGUAUUUGCGAUUUGCCUUUACUAAACCUUUCUAACAUCGCGUAUGCAGUAGUUAACGAAAAUAGAAAUUCGUACAAUUUGUGUGUUAUGUAUAUAUACGUGCAUUCUGCUAGAUGAAGCAACAGAAAAACUGAACAAUAUAUAUUAGACAAAAUCAGUAGAGCAAACGUUAUUGAGUUCCA